CGUUUCUCUUGUGUGUACAUUCUUUCAGAGUGAUUAUUCGUAAAGAUGAGCAAAAAUUUUUGUUGCGCCCCGGUAAUAUUUGGAGGUCGUGCAGCAUCAAGUGCUCGGAUCCGUGCUUUUUCUAGUUGGUCAAAACUUUACUUUCUUCCAUCUACGUCAAUAAAAAUGAUGUCUUGGGCAUAGGCAACAACUGGCAACCGCUGACAUCUGCACCACGAAAGUAUACGUCAAAACAAAAGUGCGCACAAUGCUAAAACCCGACGUGAAACCCACCGACCCGGCGAACCUUCGCGACGCCAUCACGACUUACUGCCAGAGAGCCUUUGGUGUGGAUAUCGUGAACAAUGUUUCCACUUUCAACAACGCCGGGCCGGGAUUCAACCCGAACCCGCCCCCCAGCCCCCUCCUCCUCGAGUUCGCCACAGACGUGCAGAAGCACCGCGACCGGAUCAGCCGGGACGUCCGGAGCUCGGACGCGAGUUUAGACACCUCCCGACAGCUGAUCACGGAGUACGUCGCGUUGCUGCAACUCUUGGAGGGGAGAUUCGCGAACUUGGUGAACACCAACACGAAGAAGACCUCCACCAGCAGCUACAAAGUGGAUCUCGUUUGGUACGACACCUUCCGCCCGAAGGUUAAGACGCAGCAGUCCUCUUUUCUCCUCGAGAAAGCGAGUUGCGUCUACAAUUUAGCGGCGCUCGAGGGGUCGUCCGCCGUGAACCAAAACCGCACCGCGACGGAGGAGGGCUCCAGACACGCGAUCCAGCUCUUUUGCCGGUCCGCGGGGAUUUUCGCGUUUCUCCGAGAUUUCGUCGCGACCGAUUUGCAGGGGAUCGCCACGCACGACUUGUCGCAAUCGGCACUCCACAUGUGGUCUUGCGUCAUGAUCGCGCAAGCGAACACGUGUGUUUACGAAAAGGCGGUCAAGGAGAAGAAACUCCGGUCGCUGUUGGCGAAGCUGGCCAUGCGUGUCUCCAAUGACUACAGCCAGUGCCUGACCGCCGCGAGGAAGCUCACCGGGUCUAUCAAAUGCAAAUAUGUCUGGGUCUGGAAACUUGUGAUGCUAAAAUGCGCAUGAUGAAAAGGCUUCCAUAUGCAGCCCAGCAUGACAACUUCCCGGAGUUGUUUCUCAUAGGUAGUCUGCAUGAGACUGAGAAACUGCGCUCUUGCAUGACAAAAAUGGCUGCGGCUUUUGUCGGUUAUGCAGUACAAAUUUCCCAAUCCCAGGAGUGUAAAGCUAGCACUACAAGUUCCAACUUUCCAGACCCAGACAUAUUUGCAUUUGAUAGGGUCGAUUGGGCCGCAAUUCGCGGAGAUCUUCGACGCGCAGGAAAAAACUUUUCUCGCCGCGGCGGUCUUUCAGCAGGCGAUGUUCGAGAAGGAAAAUUGCGAGAAAACGAUGCGCGGCUGGGGCGAGUGUCUCGCGCGGUUCAAACACGCGGAGCAAACGGUGUUCACCGCGGGAAAAUCGGAAUACAGCGACGUUGGCAGCUUGAAAAGCGCCAUCCAGAUUGAAUUGAACAAGGUGAAGCACGACUGCGAGACCAUUUACUUCCCGCCGGAAGUGACGGAUUUUGCGAAGUUGCCGAUUAUCACGACAAUUGAGGUUUCCAAGCCUAUUUCCUUCUCCAAAUCGGGGUUUACCGACCCCGCGUUCUUCGACGAGGCGUAUGGGUUGAAGUACAAACCGGUGCUGGCAACGCUGCUCCCAAAAUUUGUCCAAUCCGCCUUGCAAGACUACCAGAUGCGGCAGGAGUCGGUUUUGUUUGCGUUGGACGACGAGUGGAAAAAUUCGAAGCAGGAGGUCGACAUGAUACUGUCUUCCAGCACUGCAGCCGGUGGUCCUUCGGAUGAACAAGCCGCGGGCGCUUGUGCAGGGGCAAUGGGAGGUGGUCCUCUUGCCGGUCAGAACACGAUAGACGUCAGAGAUUUGAUCGCGUCGACUCUCGGCGUGACGACGAAAGGAACUUCCGCGAACAACCCACAAGCUUCUAUCGAACCUCUGCCCGAAGAGACCUGGGCGAAGAUCCAGGAUGCGGCCAGCAAGGGCGGCGUCAGCGGUUUGACGGCUAGCUUGGAAGCGUUGACCGAGUACGAUCGGAUCUGCGGAUCGCUUUUGAACGAAUGCGUCGUGAAGUUGGAGGAGGAGAUGAAGGAUGACAACCUGUUCAGCCAACGCAUCGCGCAGGCGGGACAGGACUCGAUUUUGAAAAGAGAAAAAUCCGAGGUUCUGCAAGAGCAGUUCCGGCAGAAUUUGAUGUCGUACGAGAAAAAACUGUCCGAGGCCAGGAAGGCCAACGAAGUGCUGAAGGCCCGGGGCGAGGCGUUGAUGAAGAACGCGAAUGUGAAGUGGAUCGGCAAAACGCGUGCGGAAAUCGAGCAGGGCUUGCCGGCUUCCACCACCCCGUCUGCGGCGCAAUUGGCCGAGUCGCAGGGAGGGAACGGAGAUUUGUCGGUCCUGGAGUCGCACACCAACGCGGUGCGGCAAGCCUUGCAGAAGCUGGAGCAGUUGGAGCAGCAGUUGAGGCAGAAAAUUGACGAAGCGAAGAACUUGAUUAAGAACGACAAAACGGUGGAGGGCGAAUUACUAGACGCAGUGAAUACAACGACGACAGGGGGAAAUGGAAAUGCUGCUGCUGUGUCCGCAAAUUGUUCCGGCCUGUCUGCCAAUCAGCAGCUGAACCAAACCUGCCGGCAGAUUGUGGAGGGGAAGAUCGAGCAGCACUUGACGCAGUUGAGGUCCGCGUCAAAUAGUACGACAAUGAUCAACGAGGAUGGCACUUCGAUGCAAAACCUCCCUGCGAUUUCCAUACCGGAUCUGAAGCUGGAGUACAGGAAACAGGCGGAAAACCUACUGAAUCUGUACAACACGACGGUGAACGCGCGGAAGUCCGCCUUUCAAAACUCCGAGCGGGCGAAGAUCAUCACUGCUUUGACUGCGUGCGCGAAUAUGCUGUUGACGGUGUUGAAGGAUUUAGCAGAUGGGAUCAACUUCUACACCAGACUAGGGGACUUCCUCCGGCAGUGCAAACAGCAGAUCUCGGACUACUGUUUCGCGAGAAGCGAGGAAAAAUCGCAGUUGUUGGCGUCUGUGAGAAGUGGGGGCGGUGGUGGUGGAGGCAACGUUUCUGCGGCCAGCCCGAUGGAGCAGCAGCAAGCAGGUGAGGGAAGUAGUAUAACUAUAUGCAUCGUACACAUGAACAUGUUUUGUUGUGAAGUAGUGUUUGUUGACCCUUUUUUUUUGUUUUAUCACCCUGGUACGUAGCACAUGAAAUUCGUUUUCAGGUUCUGUCCCGCCCUCCCCAGGGUUCCAUCCACAGACGUUGGCCCAGCAGGGGUUUGCGUCGGCGUCUGCCGCACUGUCUGGUCUGGCGAAUACGAUCAUGCCACAGAACAGCAGCGUGAUGCAGCAACAACAGCAGCAACCACCAGUGUUCCAGCAACAUCAAUUUCCAGCGCAGGGCGCGGCGGGCCAAACGACUUACCAGGUAGCCCCCGGGGUUUCUAUUUCUUACGGUGGAGGUAUGCCUCCGCCGCAGCAGCAGCAGCAGCCACCGCAAUCUCUUUUUCCGAACGGAUUAUUCGGAGGACAGCCGGGAAGUGGAGGAGCGCCACAACAGCAGCAACAGCAGCUAUUCCAGCACCCGCAACAGCAGGUGCCAAUUGUGCAGCAUCAAAACCAAUUCCAGCAGCAGCCGCAACAGCAGAUGUUUUUCUCUCAGCCGCAGCAGCACCACCAACCGCGGUUUUUUUGAGUAGUGAUGAAUGACGGACCGUGCAAGCGCUUAUCGGGGUGGAAUUGCUCCACGAGUCCGACUGGUGAGUGCCGCCGAUAUGACACCCAAGCGUCGAGGACGAAAAGUGAUAUUUUGGAAACCUAAAUCAGCAUUGACAUGGUUGAUGUUGAUCACGGCAACACGAAACAGAAGACUGGCACAUACUGUCACCACAUACAACACGUCGGCACUAGCAUCGUUGCUGCGGAGACGUGUAUAUAUAAAAUUUUGAAUAAAGCGAGUUGUGGUUGUCCUAAAUCACCCAGCCAUACGCCAUACGGAGCAGAUUUUCCCACUUAUUCGAAAUACCAUGAAUGUGAAUCAUCGUAGAGUCGUGUCGCGUGCUGCGUAUUUUAGAACGUAC